GACAAAACUUCGAGUUCAGUUUGUAUUUUCUGCCCUCGCGUGCAGUUCGAUCGCAAACGAGCGCUGCAGUCGCAUAAAUAACAUUUCAGAAAAACAAUUUAUUUAUUUGCAUUUUGAUUUUACGGUUUUAGUGCUGUGUGGAAAAAACGAAUUAAAGCAGAAAUGCCGAGUGCCACAUUUUACGCCGAAAGCGUACCUUUCGAUCAAAUCGAAAAGCUCGCCAUUAGCGGCGGUUACUCCGCCAUCUAUGCCUCAACAAAGCCCAGCGUUGAUAUUGUCGGAGACUGGCAACAACGGUAUUGCUCACUUGCUGACACAUUCCAGCCCGUUUUGGAUCGUGUGCAUAAUUUCGAGGUGCGUGAGGAUGAUGUUUGGAUUGUAACAAGCACCAAAUGUGGCACAACAUGGGCGCAGGAAAUGACUUGGCUGAUUUUGAACAAUUUCGAUUUUGAAAAGGCAAGAACGGAAGACCUUACCAUACGUUCGCCAUUCUUGGAAUUCAACGGCGUUGUACCGAAUGUGCCACAUGAUACAAUAGAGGCCGCUAUUAACUUGCCCUCACCACGUUUGAUAAAAUCUCAUCUGCCCGCUUGGCUGUUGCCGAAACAAGUGUGGACCAAGAAGCCAAAGAUCAUCUAUGUGUUCCGUAAUCCGAAAGACGCGGCCAUUUCGUAUUUCCAUCAUUGGCGUGGCAUGGUCGGCUAUAAGGGUACCAAAGAGGACUUCAUGCAUUCCUACAUCGAUGGCCAUGUCAACUUCAACCCAUUUUGGCCGCAUGUGCUCGACUUCUGGCAGUUGCGGCAUGAACCACAAAUCUUCUUCACCAGCUAUGAGCGUAUGAAAUGUGAUUUGGGGGAUGUCAUCAAAGAUGUCUGCAAAUUCUUAGAGCGCGAUAUUCAGCAGGAGCAGCUGACACAGCUCGUGGAUCAUCUUUCUUUCGACAAAAUGAAGGAUAACCCCGCCUGCAAUCACGUCAAAGAGUUUGAGAGUAUGAAAGCGGCAGCUGGCAGGGAGGUCGAUGAGUUUAGCAGCUUUGUACGACGCGGUAUAGUUGGCAGCCAUAAGGAUGAAAUGCCUCAGUCAGCUAUACAAGAGUUCGACGACUGGACCGAGGAUAAUUUAAAGGAUUAUCAACUGACUGUUGAAGAUUUCAUAAAUUAUUCUAAAUAUUGAGUUUACUCAUCUUACAUUUAAGUUUUAUACACUUUUAUACGUAUUUUGUAAAUACUUUUUUUUAUUAAUUAAAUAAAGUUAAAUAUAAUUAAA